UCUAGUGAAAUAAACCCAUUGGACGAGAGACUCGAAUGAUCGGCAUGGAAUUGUUUAGGGAACUUGCGGGUGGGUGAAUGACCAGAGUGAGCUACAGUUAGUUAUGUAACGAAAUAUACCGUUAGUAGCCUACUGGUGAUUUGAUUGGAUAGAUGAUGAGACGGGUGAUCAGAAAUAAGUAAAUGUAUCUGCAUGAAUAGGACAAGAAGAGAGGAAAAGAGAGAGAGGAUUGCACAUCUGGAAAUGUUGGUAUUCGUCAUUCGAUAUUUUCAGCAAGUGAAUUGAACACAUCUCCCUUCCCUCUGGCAAAAGAAUCGCAGUGUGUUUCAGUUGGACAGACUGGACAGAGCGCAGCCGACACAGCGACGGUGUGAGUGGAGCAGAGAGAACCGAGGAUGGGGGGCGGAGGUCAGCAGACGGAGUCAAGCGAGCCGGCCAAGUGUGACGGGGGUGGGCCCGAUGGAGGGCGAGGUGGCAGUGCAGUCUACACCUGGGAAGAGGUCCAGAAGCACUGCCACAGAAGCGACCAGUGGUUGGUCAUCGACAGGAAGGUCUAUAAUAUUACCCAGUGGGCGAAGAGACACCCGGGGGGCAUCAGGGUCAUCAGUCACUUUGCUGGAGAAGAUGCCACGGAAGCAUUUGUCGCAUUCCAUCUCGAUCCGAAUUUUGUCAGGAAGUUUCUGAAGCCGUUGCUGAUUGGAGAGCUGGCACCGACAGAGCCCAGCCAGGACCAUGGGAAAAACGCAGUACUGGUGCAGGACUUCCAGGCCCUGCGCGACCGUGUGGAGAGUGAGGGUCUCCUCCGUGCCCGCCCCCUCUUCUUCAGCCUCUACCUGGGCCACAUCCUGCUACUAGAGGCCCUGGCUUUGGGCCUGCUCUGGGUCUGGGGGACCAGUUGGAGCAUCACACUGCUCUGUUCCCUCAUGCUGGCCACGUCUCAGGCCCAAGCUGGCUGGCUGCAGCAUGACUACGGCCACCUGUCAGUCUGCAAGAAAUCCGGCUGGAACCACAAACUGCACAAGUUUGUCAUUGGACACCUAAAGGGUGCCUCUGCUAACUGGUGGAACCAUCGUCACUUCCAGCACCACGCUAAGCCCAACAUUUUUCGUAAAGAUCCUGAUAUCAACUCACUACAUGUCUUCGUCCUGGGAGACAAACAGCCUGUAGAGUAUGGUAUAAAGAAGUUGAAGUACAUGCCCUACCAUCACCAACACCAGUACUUCUUCCUCAUUGGACCUCCACUAAUCAUUCCAGUGUUUUUCAACAUCCAGAUAUUUCGGACCAUGUUUUCACAACGGGACUGGGUGGAUCUGGCGUGGUCGAUGAGUUUCUACCUUCGCUUCUUCUGCUGUUACUAUCCCUUCUUUGGUUUCUUUGGCUCAGUAGCAUUGAUCAGCUUCGUCAGGUUUUUGGAAAGCCACUGGUUUGUAUGGGUGACCCAGAUGAGUCACCUUCCUAUGGAGAUGGAUCACGAGCGACAACAGGACUGGCUCACCAUGCAGUUGAGUGCUACUUGCAACAUUGAACAGUCAACCUUCAACGACUGGUUCAGUGGACACCUCAACUUUCAGAUUGAACACCAUCUGUUUCCUACCAUGCCCCGUCAUAACUACCACCUGGUAGCUCCUCUGGUUCGUGCUUUGUGUGAGAAACAUGGAGUUCCCUACCAGGUCAAGACUUUGCAGAAAGGCAUGACUGAUGUUGUCAGGUCACUGAAGAAGUCAGGGGAUCUGUGGCUGGAUGCGUAUCUCCAUAAAUAAAUCCCUUCCUGACUCUGGACGGGAUUUAAUCCAUCGCAGAUUAACGACCUGCGAACAGAGAGGACAUUUCCUGGAUGUUUUUGAUGAUACUGAUCGCUGCAAACAUUAUUGUGAUAUAAUUGUUUUAAUCCUUGUCAGCAGUGAAUGGGGACCCAUAGCAUAAAUAGAGGGUUUAUAUAGUAGGGCCAGGCGUUUUAAAAAAAACAAAAAAACAAUUUAUUGACCAAUAUUCUUAGCAUUAUCCACUGGGUUUGAUGCAGGCAGAAAAUCCUAGGAAAUGCUCUGUAAUUGACACAAGUCUCAGUCAUUCCAGUCUGGUUGUCCAUUCGUUUCUGGUGGAGGGGUCGCCUGAACCAGGGGAGGCGCAGCAUAUGAAUCUUAAUUUCACAAAACCUAUUAUUUGGCAGGGAAUUCUAUUUGUAGAUCAGUGAUUUUACACCUCGUUUUUCUCAAGCUGAUCGCCUCCAACAGACUCAAUCCCUGAUGACAGGAGGUUAUAUAAAUGGGGCAAUUAGAACACUUAAAGGGGAAAGACUAUGAAUCCAAGCAGAAAAUAUAAGUGUACAAUAAAAAAUCUCUAUCGCUUGAAAUUCCCCGCUGGGAUGUUCUUUGCAGACGACAAUAUAUUCUGCAAAACCUGCAAUUUAGCGUCACAUUUUAAAUGGAAAAACAGGAUAGACAGGAUAGACAGCCAUCUGACAAGACCAUUAAUUAUCAAUUAACAACAAUAUUUCACGACGUCUUCGUUGUCUGUUAAUUAACAUAUGGGUAUGAUAGGCAUUUUUGUAUCCGAAAAUGUAGAGGGUGAAAUAUAGACUAUUUUCAGAAUACUAAUGGCUCGCCUAUUUUCAUUUACUAUAGAAAGAACACAUUUUAUCCAUCUCCGUUAAGACGUCAGUAUUUGGAGAGAUGCGCUUCUCCGCCUCCACAAGGUUCAUGUAAAAGCGAAGCUACUCGGAGUGAUAUUCUAACACUGUCGAAUAGUUCUCUGCCUGGAAAUAAACUCUAUAAACUCUAUCAGCCAGAACAACUUUAACAUAUUCACUCAGCUCUCAUACACAAUGUGUGACAGUGGAUUAGUCCGUUACUAUGGAGAUGCUUUCUGUUGUGGGUUUUUUUCCGGGCUGCGGCCUCCGUUCUUUACGUGUGUUAAUGAAGGUGCGCAAUUUGGGAUUGUCAACUUUUUCGAGCGGGAUGUUGGCGCUUGCAAAAGCCAUUUCCUCAUAAUUUAUUCUAUAGUAAAUUAAAAUGUCUACUUGGUUCUGUAUUGUGCUACAUUUUCUUACAUAAAAUACCUAUCAUUCCCAUAAUAAUGUUAAUACCAGGCAAUGAAUAAGUAAAAUAUUUCUCGAUAAUGUCCUUAAAAUACGCUAAUACUGCUGAUGAGAAUAAUUGUUGGCGAUUAUUUCCAUCAAUCCACAUGGUUGGGAAUUGAUUUGGGACUUAUUGGAUAUUUAUGUUAUAUGAUCAUGGUGUGAGAAAGUGCUAUAUCAGCAACUUGAGGUCAGUUUAUCGAAAUGCGGGUUAGGAAAACAACAACCGAAACGCCUGGCCUUAAUCAUUGGUGACUAGAUAGACUAUUCCUCCCCAAACGGAAAAAAGACAUUGAUAUAUAUUUUAACAACAUGUAUGUACAUGUACGUAUAUGUAAAUGACAGAUAUCAAAAUAUAUGACAUAUAUUUAAAUAUAUCGACAUAUUACAAAAUUGGCCUUUUUCAUAUUUCUACAAAUAUGUUUAUAUCUUUAAAUAUCUGGAAAUACAUUUUGAUAGCGUGCUGUGGUAGCUAGUAAAAUAAUUUACCAAUUAUAUUUCAUAAAUAUAUUUUGCCAUAUUUUAAUGAAUUGAAAUGUUUGCCUUUUACCUGAAUACUGUUGCUAGGCUACAUUAAAAUCCAUUGCAUAAAACUACCAAGUUCAGACCUAUACUUUGACAAGUUUGACAACAAAAUAAUGAAUGACAACUAAAAAGGUCAUAAAAUAUAAGUUAACAUGUAAAAUAUAUUUGUAAAAUAUGUGUAAAAUAUAUUUGUAAAAUAUGUGUAAAAUACACACUUACACCUGA